AAACAGGUGGUGAAAAUUUAAGAAAACAAAAUCUUCAUUUAUUGAAAGAACAAUCUGAUUAUUUACAUAAGAAUAUUAAUUUAUUGAAUUCUACUGAAACAUUAAAAAAUGAUAAAAAUGAUUUAAUAAAUAAAAAUAAAGAACUAGAAGAACAAAUAAAUAAAUUUGAGACAGAAUUAGAUAAAUUAAACAAAGAAAUAGAAAAGAUUAAAAAGAUAAAUAAUGCUUUUAAACUAUUAUUACAAGAACUGCAGGAUGAAAAUAGUUACUAUAAGAAUU